AUGAUCUACGUUCCAGAAAGCUCAUCGUAUCUCCUCAAGUUUAUCACAAACAAUAACUUUAUAAAAUGUCCUGAUAUUAUCUUUUUCAAGGUGUCUUGUCAUCCCAAUAGUGUUUACACCAUAAAAAGUGAUGAUAUUGUACACAUUUUCACGAAGAACGCGCAUAUGGUGUCAAAAGGAAUGAUAUUCACUCUUAAAGAUAAUUUAAGCCUCGUAGUAAGGAGGCAAUCGUACAAACUGAAGAAACAAAGGAGCACAAAUAUGCCGGGAAUACACAUCGUUGAGAAGGAUGACAUAGUCGUGUAUGUGAGCGAUAUCAUGCUGGACGGAAGCAUAAAAGGAACUUAUAUAUAUUCUGACAACUGUUUGGUUAAUGGGCUCGUAAGUAAUUUGACGAAUAACUUUCAAAAAUACUAUAGAGUCAAAAAAUCAACAAGCUACGAAAAGGAUCUGUUUUAUUUGCUAAGACUGGCUAAAAUAAUAUAA